GGUCAUGUAACGUUAUCUUUACCAGGUCAACCUACAGCACCAGCCAUGCGAUUUUAAACUUAUCGACGUUUAGAACUACUGCUGAUAUAGCAGAGUUUAUCUUCAAACAAUUUAAUUGGACUUGUGGUGUAAGAAAACUUAUUUUCUGUUCGUUUAUUAAAUAAUUAUUUUAUUUAAUUUAGGUGGCUGCACACUUUAUCGAGUCCUUUCAUUCUUCACGAUGACUAGAGGACACUACGUCACGUAAUUACGCGGUCUCUGACAUAAUAAUGGCACGUGGACGCUCACCUUGACUCCCUCACUAGCAACCGUACACAACAUUCACAACUGCUGCGGGUUUAACAAUAUGGAGCAGUUUCCUCCAAAAUUUAGUAAAGUGCUGGUGACACCUGACCCGCAAUACAUCCCAGGGUAUGCAGGCUACUGUCCUCAGCUGAAGUAUCAUGUGGGCCAGACGUAUGGUCAGUUAACAGCAAAGCUCCUGACUUCCCCGGAAGUAUCUCACUCACAGAGGCUUGUGCUUCAUACUGGACACCUCCCAUCCAUAGAGAAGGACACAGAGCCUCACGAUGAGAUCUGGCAUGGAAGCAGCAGGAACCUGGAGACAAUGAUACCGGGAUACACAGGUUUUGUUCCAUUGCGCCAAAAUUACUUCUGCAAAACAUAUGCAGAAACCUGUCGAGAUGCACUAUCGGAGUUCAAACAGGAACAAAAGAAGAGACGUCGUAUAGCUUCUGCUGACCUCUCUUUUGCUGUCAGCAAAAGCGUCCCAGACUUCAAACCCAGAAGACCGGACAGCCCUCUGAUAGCAAUAUCUAAAGAUCCUGCCCCUUACAAGGCCCCGGACCCCUGGAAGCCACAAGGCUCCCCAUACCACAUGGAGGAUACCAGCCCACAUAAGUAUUUCAUCUCAGGUUUUACUGGCUAUGUCCCUAAAGCCCGGUUCCUCUUUGGUACUGGAUAUCCCAUCAUCACCAACAAGGCACUGAUCCAGUUUGGCAAGGAACUGAAGGCAGGUCAGACCUCCCUCAACAUGCAAGAGGAAUCGUCCACCAGCUUGCCUCUGAUACCCACAAUAUACCCCUCCAAAACAGGUCUCCUGCCCUCCUAUACGGGCCACAUACCAGGGUACAGAUUUCAAUAUGGCCAUACAUUUGGGCAGCUUACCCAUAAUGCUCUGGGUCACACUGGUACACAGAGGAAGAACACAGGGGGAAACAGACUGAGCUGAAGACCCAACCAUGCAACUGAAAUCAGUGAUCACACAUAACUCAUCUAAGGACAAUUAAAGUUAUGUGGGUCUUCUAACAAGCAACAUGUAGCUGUGGAGUUAAUGUUGUCAUAUUUAAUGAGAUUCACCAUAAUAACUUUAAAAGUGGUGGAAUUGGUAUGGUUUAGUAUUAGUAUACAAAAUCAUGCGAUGCAUUUUACAAAUUCUUCUGGUACACACAUGUAAAAAAGCACACAAUACAAACAUUAAUGACUCAACAAAUCUUUAUUAUCACAAGGUUCCAAUCAGGCACAAUUUUAAUAUCAGGAAAUAGAAAAAACACUGCUGUUAAAACUCACUCAUAAUCAAACCGUCCUCUUAAUGGGCUCUUGUCCAUCUUUGCAUCUCUAACAUCAGGGCAAAUGUGGUCAUCAAUAAAUAUCGCUACUUAACUA